CGAAAAAAUUCCUUCCCUAGCCCCCGUUCACCGUUACAACUUACAACUUACAAUGGUGAGUACGACUGGGCCGCAAAUCCAAUUCCUAUACCACUCCGACGUUGGUUCUGCACUUCUGCUGGACGGGGAGAGGGAGUAAGUGAGCGAGCGCGACUUGGGUACUUGGAUAUGGGAUUGGGGGCAUUGAGAAAUGCUAUUCGUCCUUUGGCGAGAACAGUCCUUGCUCGGCGAAUGUUACAUUUUCCGGCGAUUUCCGGUACACCUGCUGCUCCGACAACCAAGUUUCGGUGGGUUUUUGGAUCACCUCAGCAGCUGGCGCCAUGGGUUUUGGUGCCGAGUGGUUUCCAUAGCUUGACAGAUACUCGAUUCCCGAAGAGAAGGCCCAGUGACAAACCUCGAAGGAAAAGGGCCAGCUUAAGACCACCAGGCCCAUAUGCCUGGGUUCAGUACACACCUGGUGAGCCGAUACCUGUAAGCAGACCCAACGAAGGAAGCGUGAAGGGAAGGAAUCAGAAAAAACGCAUGAGGCUGAGGAGGGCGUUUAUACUGUCGGAAGCAAAGAAAAGAAAAGCGCAGUUGCAAGAAGCCAAAAGGAAGAAAAAUAUUAAGAAGAUAGAGCGUAAGAUGGCUGCGGUAGCAAGAGAAAGAGCAUGGGCUCAGAGGUUAGCAGAGCUGCAGAAACUUGAGGAGGAGAAGAAAAGAACCAUGGAUUGAUAGAUACUUCCUGGUGAUCCUACAUUCCUACUACCAUUUUUUUUGUCUUGAUUGAAUGUGAAAACCAACUUCUCGAUUUUUUUUCAUGAGAUCCAUGUGUUUUUUCUUUGUUGGGUAUUUAGGCUCUUGCAAGAACUUGUUACAUCUUUGGUGAUUAAUUAGUUAGACACAAGACUUGUAAUUAUCGUGAGCAUGCAUUUAUGUGCAGUAACAUAUGACUUCUCCAUAUGGUACCAGUUUGUUGAAAUGGUUCCCUUUUAAUGGUAAAGGAAGCAAAGCGCCAACCUCUGGUACAGUGGAUGAUUUUCUUCA